AUGGGCGAAGUCGACCGCGAGAACGAUCUGAGACCGUCGCCGCCGCCACCGGAGCCCGAGCCGGAACCGACGCAUCCAGUUGUGGCGGCGGUGCUCGAGCGCGCUGCCCAACGACCAGAGCUUGGCUCGGCUGAUCCCGCGACGGAGACCGCAGAUGAGCAGGAGGUCAGCCCGCGAUUGCCGUCGGCCGAGAUUGCACGUCUGCGAGUGGCGCUUGCGGCGCGUGACCGCAAGAUCGCAACUCUCACAGCAGCAGCGGAUACCGCCCGAGCAGACGCUGCAGCGGUCCGCGCCAAGCUGGCCGCCGGACACAAGCGCGAUCUGGCUCUUGCCGAAGCACGCAACGCGCUGGCCGAGCGUGAUGCCCGCAUCGCCGAUCUCGAGGGUGCGCUGGAGGAUGCCGUUCAGGCGUCGCUGGCGCCGCGACCAGACGCUGCUGAGCUCGCCGCAGCCGUCGGAGAUGCCGUACAGGCGUCGGUGGAGAGUGCACCACCUGCAGCCGACGAGGCGCUGCUAGCCAACCGAGUCGUGGUCCUGCGCCGCCAGCUGGAGGUGGCACACGCCGCGCUGCGGCUGGAGCGGCAAGCGCGGGCGCGCGGGCAUGCUGUGCUGUCCCAGGCGCUGCGCGAGGCCGUUGAUGCCUCGCGCCGGGAGCAGCGGACCAAGACCCACUCUGCACUGCAGUGGGACGCGUGGAUCGAAUUGUACGACGAGACUGGCAGCGGCCGCGCACUCUCGGCGCCUCCGCAGCCUCCGCCGCCCAAGUCGCAGCUCGCCGAGCUGGAGCACCGCACUGAGCGGCUCCAGAAGCUGGUGGCCAAGCGCGACAAGACCAUUCAGCGGCUACGUGCCCGCCUCGACGCUGAUGCUCCGACCGUGCUCCGCAAGCGGGUUGCUGCGCUUGAGCGCCAGCUCCGCGCUGCUGCCGCGCGCUUCCAGGCCCACGAUGCUGCUGCCGAUAAGGCCCGCGCCGCCGCCGCGCGCAAGGACGCCUACAUCGCCACCCUCGAGCGCAAGCUCAUGGCACUGUACUCUGCCACAAAACGAGCAAUGUCAGGCUCAGCCGAGGCCGACCUCCCUUCGCCGCCAUCGGCCGCAGACAUCACCUCGGACUCGCUCUAUGUCUCGAUGGACACACCCCGGCAUGUCUCCAGCCCGGAGCCUCUGACUGAUUCUGGCCUCCCCGACCACCCCGCGCCGCGCGCCCUCUGGAAACUGUAG